AGCCUUACUCUCAGCAAAAAAAGCAUUUGUAAGUCAGAGCUAUGGCUUCCAGAUUCCAAGUAUUGUUUCUCUUUCUGUUUCUUUCUGUGCUGUGGGCUUCGCCGUUGGCUUCUCGCGGUGAAGCAGAUGAUUCGAUGAUGAAGAGGUUUGAUGAAUGGAUGGCCGAUUUCGGCCGAGUUUACAGUGACGAUGCUGAGAAGAUGCGCCGUUUUGAGAUCUUUAAGGACAAUGUGAACCGCAUUGAAGCCUUCAACAGGCGCGGCGGCAACUCGUAUACUCUGGGCAUUAAUCAAUUCGCUGACAUGACAAAUGAUGAAAUCGUGGCUCAGCAUGUCGGUCUAUCUCUCCCUCUAAAUAUGACAAAUUUAGAGCCAUCGGUGUCGUUUGAGGAUGUAAACAUGUCCGCGAUACCUCAAAGCAUUGAUUGGAGGGAUUACGGUGCCGUAACACCAGUCAAGAAUCAAGGAACUUGCGGUUCUUGCUGGGCAUUCUCUUCAAUCGCGACGGUAGAAGGCAUCUACAAGAUUAAAACAGGGCAACUAAUAUCUCUAUCGGAGCAAGAAGUUUUAGAUUGUACUGUUAGCAACGCGUGCACAUCUGGUUGGGUACACAAAGCCUACGAAUUUAUCAUCGCUAACAAGGGCGUGACGACGGAGGCGAACUAUCCCUAUGUAGGAUACAAAGGCACUUGCAGAAAUAACAAACCGAAUGCAGCUUAUAUUACCGGCUAUCAAUAUGUACAACCUAGCUACGAUGAACGCGCGAUCAUGUAUGCUGUGGCGAACCAGCCGACAGUUAUUGCUAUUGAUGCUAGCUCUUAUUACUUCAAUUACUACAAUGGCGGUAUCUUUAAAGGACCUUGUGGGACAAAUAUUUUCCAUGCCGUUACCGUCGUAGGUUACGGGCAGGACAGCAGCACCGGAGACAAGUAUUGGAUAAUAAAGAAUUCAUGGGGCAACAGGUGGGGAGAAAAUGGAUACGUGAGGAUGUUAAGAGACACGGCAUAUCCUGGAUUAUGUGGUCUGGCUAGCUAUGGUAUUUACCCGACUCUUGUUUCGUCACCGCGCAUUACAGAACCCUCUGACAUGGGUUCGGAUGAUCGUGUCAGCUCCAUGUAAGGGUUAUCGAAGCUGCGAUUUAGCAUGCAAUGAAGUGCCCUGUGUGCUACGUACCUUAUAAGCUAUGUAAUAAAUCGGGCGAUGCUCGUGCGAAGAUUAUCUGUAUGAUCGAGUAGGGCUUGCUGUUUUCAUUUGUAUUUUUGUUGCAUUAUUAUCAGUUCCACUGGCUGCCUAAUAUAUAUUUAGUAGCCAACUGUUUGUAUUUAAUUUUGUAAGUUUAUGCUGUUUUGAUGAGUAA